AUGACAUUUGAGAGUGUGCGCAGGUUCGGAAAACGAGUCUCCAAAAUCUCCAUGAGCCGCACGCCCUUUGGGCACAAGAAACAUGAUAAGAAGAAGGCCAAAUCUGCCGCUAUGAACAAAUCGGUUGCCACCUUGAUCGAGCAGGCCGGAUCCGACUAUGCGAAGGGGGAAACAGACAUGGCCAUUUAUAGGCUCACGCGUGUUUUGUCUAGUAUGGAGAAACAUUCUGCGCUACCCACCACCCAUCCUCCAACCCACAUAGUUCAACCAAAGGAUUUCCAGCAGGCUUCGAGAAAAGCUCCACCAGCAGAACCCGAAAAGCGUAUCAGGAAACUGCUUCUGCACAAUGAGCUUGAUUAUGAUUAUGAUCCGUGGUUUUCACAGCCAUACACAGAAUUGCCUACAGUAUUGAAAUUAGCUAAAUCCCACGGCACCGUUAUCAAGAGUGGGCGUCGCGUUCCUAUCGCCUCAAACGAGCACGCUACUGGUAUGGACAACACUAUGACUGAUGCGAAUUCUCAGCUAUUCGAAUUCUCCGACAUGAUUGAAAGAUCAUUCAAUAUGCUUAGCAUCGGAGAAUCUGUUGUAGGGCUCGACGAGGACACGACGCGUUUUGAGGACCGCGCUUUCUUGCGUAGCCCUGGUCCCGAAUCCAUUUGGAGUAAGACUUAUUACUGA